AUGCGACGGGCUCAGACGUUUAGAUUUCAGUAUGGCUCGGUGUGGAACUGUCAGGUUGGUGGUUUGUGGGUGAGAGGACAGGAGGAUGAGGAGGAGGAGGAAGGGCAGAGGGAGAGCGGCCAGGAAGACAGCCAAUCAGAGUUUGAGCCCCCUGACCCGAGGGUUACAGUCACAACCGGACCAAGCGGAGGGAGGGACCCACAACAGCCUGGUCUCCGUAGCAACGGGUGCUCCAGCACACCCCCCCACGCCCGGUUCUCUGGGACUUUCCGUGAAACCCCCCCGCCCCAUCCCGAGCUGGUGUGUGGUGAGCGUUCUGGUGCAGAAAAGCUGCCGUGCCUCACCCAGGUGGGUGCAGCACACUGGUGGUGGUUGAGGCCCCUCAGGACGACACCUGGCCGUUUCCACAGAGCACCUGGCCACGCCCAUCUGCCACAUGCCCACAGGGCCGCGAGAAACUGGCCCUACUUCAGAGCGACCUCGUCUGACACUGCGUGUUGUGGGAAAAGUCUGCUCUUUGGAAGUUUCAAUGUUUUCAGGAGUCAGAGAAGGACGCUACACUGUUCCGAAAAGCAAACAACUCGUCCACCCUCUCACCCCGCGGUCCCACCGGACGGCAGACCCCAUCUCAGCGCAGUGCGUCUUGGUGGCGCUGAAGAAGCAUCGUUUUCCCGUCCCACUGCACGACUGCCAAACGGAUGCAUGUUCGCUACAGCUUUUAAAAUAACGGAACAUUUGGUAAUCUAA